AUGGGGCUAUCAAUUUUCUCUCCUUUGGUUCUUUCUGUCCUCAUUUCUGUCCUUCAGACUUCUACUUAUGCUGCCCAAAAGGCAAGACUGUCUCCCUCUUCAUUGCCAUAUAUCAAAGAGAGUGUCGACGAUCUGAUGAUUUACUCUUACACUAGAUGCAUCAAUGGUUUUGCUGCAUUCCUCAAUGAAGCUCAAGUAGCAGCCCUUAAAGGUAAUCCUAGAGUGAUAUCGGUUUUCGAGAACCAAGAAAGAAUGUUGCUCACAACACGUUCAUGGGAAUUUGUUGGAUUUGAAAAAAAUGGAGUACCUACCCUCGACUCGCUUCAAAAGAAGGCAAACUAUGGUGAAGGGAUAAUCAUUGCAAAUCUUGAUACUGGUAAGGCUAUGUCCUUGAAAAAGCUUAUUGGUGCAAGGUACUUUAACAAAGGUUUUGCUUCUGCAAGUCCUACCCCUAUCCCUGCAGAGUGGAACACCGCACGCGACACCGAGGGCCACGGAAGCCACACCUUAUCCACCGCCGGUGGUAGCUUUGUUCCUGGAGCAAAUGUUUUCGGUAUUGGGAAUGGAACUGCGAAAGGUGGAUCGCCAAAAGCUUGGGUAGCUGCCUACAAGGGAUCGAGUGUUGCAAGUAAAAGCUUACCAGCUGGAAAAUUCUAUCCAUUGAUCAACGCUGCAGAUGCCGGGCUUCCUACCGCAAAACCUAAGGAUGCCCAGCUCUGCCAAAAUGGAACACUUGACCGCGAGAAGGUUGCUGGGAAAAUUGUUGUGUGCCUUCGAGGAAUAAUCGGGAGAGUACAAAAGGGACAUGAGGCUGAGCUUGCUGGUGCCGUCGGGAUGAUAUUGGCAAAUGAUGAAGAAAGCGGCACUGAACUUUUGUCCGAUCCUCAUGUGCUCCCCGCUGCCCAGAUCACUUACACUGAUGGUCUGGCUGUAAUGAAGUACAUCAAGUCGACCAAAAAUCCUACAGCAUCAAUUGGUCCUGCACAAACAGAAUUAGGAGUGGCUCCGAGUCCGGUGAUGGCUGCAUUCUCAUCAAGGGGACCUGGUUUCUUUGAGCCAGCAAUACUCAAGCCUGACAUCACUGCACCUGGGGUGGAUGUAAUUGCUGCUUACACUGAAGCUAUAGGGCCAUCUGAAGAACCGUUCGACACUCGUCGGACCCCUUACAUCACCAUGUCUGGCACUUCAAUGUCAUGCCCUCAUGUUACCGGCAUCGUUGGCCUUGUUAAAGCUCUCCAUCCAGAUUGGAGUCCGGCUGCUGUUAAAUCUGCAAUCAUGACAACCGGUACAUACUUGCGAUCCACAUAA